GCAACGAAACAUCACAGGAAUACAAUGCUGUUUCUCAAUAGUUGGAUUGGAUUAUUUGUAACGUGUCUUCUGAUACCAGAAAUUGUUGGCCUAAAGCUAAAAACCGUACGAAUACCACCGUAUAGACUUCGAAGUGAGUCCGCUUUACUUGAGUGCCACUACGAACUUAAUGGCCAGCGAAAAGGACAUGGCACUUCUAACGGGGGCAAUCGACGACAUCAUACCUAUCAAAGCGACUAUGUCGGUGAACCCUUCGAAGAGGAGGAGAAGCUGUACUCAAUCAAAUGGUACAAAGACAACGAGGAGUUCUAUCGUUACGUGCCGUCGGCUUCGCAACCGAUUAAGAGUUACAAAAUCGAGGGUAUCCGGGUCGACCCAAACCAUUCCGAUGGUACGAAGGUGUUGCUGCGAGGGUUAACACUUAAAUCCUCCGGUAUCUAUCGUUGUGAGAUCUCGGCUGAGGCACCCAGCUUCGACUCGGUUCAGGGUGAAGGUCGGAUGGAUGUGAUAUAUGUUCCAAAGGAUGGUCCACACAUUAGCGAUGGGGGAAGGCAAAGCUUCAAAAAUGGUGAAACAAUGGAGUUCAACUGUACGUCCGCUCGCUCACAUCCAGCCACCACCCUGCAGUGGUAUAUCAAUGAUUUGCAGGUGAUGGACCCGAACAGCAUCAUACACUAUCCCUCGAUACAAAAUCAGCAUGGGCUGAUUACCACCUUUCUUGGCUUGAGUAUGGUCGUCAACCAUCGGCUUUACAUCGAUGGGACGAUACGGGUAAAAUGCAUGGCUAUCUUAUCGCCCGUCUUAUGGCGUGGUGGCCAAGAAAGUAUCGUCCAAUGGGAACAACCCGCGAUCGACAGUCGUUCUGCCAUGCUGUUAGUAAAAAGUAACGACACGAGCAGAAGCAAAAUCUUCAUAGUGCCCUUUAUCAGUCUUGUGCUUUAUGCAAUUUGCCCAAUACAUGCUUGCGUAAAUUGGUGA